AUGACACAGACAUGACAGAACUCAUUCAAAAUGACAUCUACAGUUCAGACAUUGACUCCAAAGAAAAUGGUCUCGAAUCCAAGGAAGAUCAACAUGAAUCAAGCACAGAUGACUAUUCACUUGAAGGCGAGCCUAAAAAUGCUGUUCAUGCACUUCCUGAUGGUGACACCAGUGACCUAGAAAUUCAAGAAAUGAACAAGAAAAUUGCCAUCACUGAUCAAAAUGUGUAUUACGAAACAGCCGAGGAUGUCACCUCAAUAGAUGACCAGUCUAAACAUACCAGAGAUCAACCUUCACUUCCACAAAAUAAAGUAUUUGCUGCUGGUGAUGUUGGUGAAAACCCAUAUUACACAACACCCGAGGAUGUCAAUCAAAUAGAUGAUAACACCAGAGACCAAACCUCAAGUCACCAAAAUGAAACAUUUGCAAUCAUUGAUGAUAUUUGUGAAGACCCAUAUUACACAACACCAGCUACAGAUGUGCCUCCAAGAGGUAUCACAUUGGAUGGCAAGAAUGAGGAAGAUGGUUAUGAUAGAAUUCAAUUAAGUGUGACAAAAGAGGUACCCAAAGAUAGAAUACUUGAUGAGAACUAUUCUCAUAUAAGACAACAUGGUGAUAAUGACGUUUACUAUUCAACCCCGUAUAAUGCUUCUGAAGGAAAUAGAGACGAAGUUGGAUCCUUAAACAAGAGUAAUGCAUACUCUUACGUUACAAAGCCAAGCAGCAGGAGUUCCCCGCCAAACGGUACCGUGCUAGAUGAUACAAGCAGUAAGAGAGGUGUGUAUACUGAGGGAAAUAAAGAUAAUGAAUCAAAUGGUAAGGAGAUAGAGCUAAUAGAUAAUGCUGUCUAUUCAAUGGAGGUUAAACCCGAAACUGAUUAUGAAGCUGUGCUAGAUGAGGAAGAAGAGAAUAAUGAUUCAAAUGGUAACGAGAUUGAGCUAAUAAAUAAUGAUAUUUAUUCAAUGGAGGUUUAACAAGAUGAUCACGAAACUGUAACGAAGCAACCAUUUAAUGCCAGCAAGGAUGUCAGUGAAAUGUACACCAAAGUGGACAAAACAAAAAAUACUAAAAUUUGAGCAAUGGCGUCCUCUAAGACCUCAUUCUAAGAAAGAGAAUAAUAAGCAAAUGCUCGCUCAAAAAAUCAAACAGCAAUCCUAAUAUAUCUUUCACAGACUAUGAUGUUUACAAUGCAUGA